GGGAGGUGAAAGGUCAAGCUGCUGUUUGGUGGCCAUUUCUCUUGAGGCUCAGGGGUUCGGGACCUGCGGUAGCUGCUCCAGUCACGAGGGACGGGCGGCAGCUGGGUCGGUGGCAAAUAGCCUGCAGAAUCGCCUGUAGUCGCGAUGAGUUUACCCCUCAAUCCCAAACCUUUCCUCAAUGGAUUAACAGGAAAGCCAGUAAUGGUGAAACUUAAGUGGGGAAUGGAGUACAAGGGCUACCUGGUAUCUGUAGAUGGCUAUAUGAACAUGCAGCUUGCAAAUACAGAAGAAUACAUAGAUGGAGCAUUGUCUGGACAUCUGGGUGAAGUUUUAAUAAGGUGUAAUAAUGUGCUUUAUAUCAGAGGUGUUGAAGAAGAAGAAGAAGAUGGAGAAAUGAGAGAAUAGCAUCUUUUUCGGGGGAUUUUUUUUAUAUAUCUAGACAAUAAAGAUUUGUUUGUUUUUUCAACUUGACUUGUUAACUAUCCAUAUGCAGCUGUUUACUUGCAAAACUCAAAUGUUGAAAGAAUUGAAAGAUUAUUUACAGAACUGAUGUUUUAAAAACCACCCAGGUUUAUUUAAGUUGGUUUUCUUUUAUAGGCCCACUACUGCUUUUUUCUGUAAGAGAUAAUUAUUUCUGUGCUUUGGAAAUUUUUAUAAAGGUGAAUUUUCUUGUACCAUAUUAACUGAGACCUUUCAAAAGCAACUGUUUCUUUUAAAGUUAUUUUUGAGCCACUUUUAACAUGUAUAAAGUUAAAUAUUUUCUUAGUAUUAAUAUAUACUAUAUUAUUUUACUUAGUCAAUAAGUUACAGUUAAUUCUUUACCAUUAUAAGCUAAAUGCACAUAUUGUAGCUAAAAUUGAAACAUCACCUGAAAAUUAAAGUAAUUGUGGAGAUAAGACACAACAGAAAUUGUGAAUAGACAUUUAAGCUGAAAGAAUAUGGCUUGUUCACUUAAGAGAAUAGACUUUUCUAUCAGAACUUAAUGUGAAAUAAAAACUAGUCUCACAGUUAUGUUCUGAGACCGUAAUCUAGUGAUUUUCACUUGUUUUAAACCCCUCAAAACCCUUUUUAACAAUGUGCAACUCUAAUAUUUUAGAGUUGCACAUUGUUAAAAUGUAUAUUCCAUAGUGAUAACAGUGUGCUAUGAACUUCCCAAUAGACUGGUUGAGAAAAUAUAUCAUUUAAACUCACAUGUGUCGGAAGAAUGGCCAUUAUUACACUUUAAUGGUCAUUCACCAUAUAGUUAUAUCUAUAAACUAUCUUUGGAAUGUGUGUCUCCAACUAGAAGAGCUCAAAGUAUAGAUAUAAAUGUUAAGCUGUAUAGAAUGACAAUUAUGAUAUGAAUAAUAAAAGUCUUCAACAAAAGAAAA